GAGAGCGAUAGCGAAGAGGCUACAGAAUCAGUUGCUUGUAGAACGCGAAGCUGUUGGGUUAUCUGGCUGUGGUCUGUCAACUUGUAAUCUAUCAAUCUGUCAGAAUGGAGAGCUUCUAUUGGCGCAAUAAGGUGGCUGUCAUCACGGGUGCUUCAGUGGGAAUUGGAGCAAGCACAGCAGUUACUUUGGCCAAUGCCGGCAUGGUUGUGAUUGGUCUGGCCAGGCGAAUGGAACUCGUCGAGGCUCUCAAUGCCCAAGUCACGGGUGAGGGUAAAAUCUUUGGUCGCCAAUGUGAUCUGAGCGAUGAUGAGCAGCUGAUCAGCAGCUUCAACUGGAUACAAGAGCGUUUCCAUUGCAUCCAUGUGCUUAUCUGCAAUGCUGGCAUCUUGAAGGCUAACUUUCUCAGCGAAUCUUCUACCAAGGACAUCAAGGAACUCUUCGAUUUAAAUGUGAUUGCCACGGCGAGUUGCUUGAGAGAGACCUUAAAGCAUAUGGCUAAGAUCAAGGUUCCUUGCCAUAUUGUGGUAAUUAACAGUGUUCUCGGACAUCGCAUUCCGGAAGUGCCGGUGCCCUUAUUCAGCGUUUAUCCGGCCACGAAGCAUGCAAUUACAGCACUUUGCCAGACGGUCCGCCAGGAAAUACAUUUUCUCAAAUUAAAUAUUAAAUUAACGAGCAUCUGUCCCGGAAUGGUGGACACCGAUUUUUUGAAUGUUUACUCACAGGCUGUGGAUGAAUUGCCCAAACUCCAGGCCGUGGAUGUGGCCAAGGCAGUGCUCUAUGCACUCGACACGCCCGAUGGUGUGCAGGUGGAGGACAUCAUUCUGCAGAAGAUGCGAAAAGUUGAUUAAAGCCUACGAUUUUACAUUGAAUGCAAUUUGCAGCUUAAAAUUAGCAAUCUAUUGCAAACAACAUUUGAGCACCUAUUUCAUAUUUAAUUUAACAACUUGUAUUUAAAAUAAAUAAACAGCACCAUAAAUAAAUUAAGCAUUUAAAAA